CAAGUGUCAGCCAAGCUAGCAAGGGAAAGGAAUCUCCUAAUUUUUUUACUUAUCUUGUGUACUACUGUUAAGGUAGACGCGUCUUCCUGAAUAACGCAUACAAUCAAAAUUUGUCUAAGCUCUUGUUGUUCUGAUUUUAUAGAGAAUAGCUAACAUCCAGUGAUCUUUUUAUAAAAUGGAAAUGGAUACAAUCGGCGAUCAAGAAAAGGACCAAGUGUCCAAAUACGGCCUGAAAUUGGCUUUAAAUCAUGAAUAUCCUUUGCAAAGCAAACAAAUUAUUAUACCAAGUGCUAAGCAAAUGUUUGAUAUGAUGCCUCUUACGACUAGAUAUUUAAAGUAUUAUGUUGGUAAAAAAUUAAGCAAGAAGAAGCCGAUUAUGGAUUAUAUUCACAUGAUAUCUGCUCAAAGAAUGUAUGGCUGCCCAAUAGGAGGUAUUGGCGGUGGCACUAUUGGAAGAGGGUACAAGGGAGAGUUUUGUCGAUUCCAGCUCUACCCUGGCAUUUAUAACCAUAUCACUGUGCCUGAAUGCCAAUUUAUCGUUAAUAUAAGGAAUGCCAACAACGAAACAAUAUUCCAGUCGGUUUUAUCUACUUACAACAAACCAAAGAAAGCUCCAUCAUCAUGGGAAUGGAAUUUAAAUGGAGCAGAUUGUCAGUACACAGCACUUUAUCCCCGAGCAUGGACCACCUACAACCUCAGCAAGUAUGGGGUUAAACUGGUGUGUCGACAAAUAUCUCCAGUGAUACCACACAACUAUAAAGACAGUAGCCUACCGUGUGCAGUGUUCGUAUUCACCGCGACCAACGUGAGUGAAGAGCACCGACAUGUCAGCAUCACGCAAACCUGGACCGAAAUACCGCUCAAGGCGAAUAAGAAGAAGAAGCAUUUAGCAAAAUUAGAAAUGGAGAGGUAUUCAGAAGAACACACGUGUGGCGUAUCAUUAGAGCAAAAAGUCGGCGAAACAUCGUGUACAUUCACUGUGGCGAAGAAAAAAGACGAAAAGGAGACUAUUCACGAGGGCUAUUGUCUAUGGAACGCGGCCAAGACGUCUAGCUAUGUAUGGGAGUGCCUUAAGAAGCAUGGCAAGCUCGGGCCGGACCCGAGUCUCACGCCGCCGCCGCCAACGGUCCCGGAUAAGUCGGAAGGAAAAGUUGAAGAAAAGAAGGAAAAGCUUAAAAAGAUUUAUAAGUGUGAUUCCAUAGGACUAUCGAGCGUCAUAUCCCUGGACCCAGGAGGGACGGCAGCGACGGAGUUCUGUCUCGCCUGGGACAUGCCUAUUAUUAAAUAUAAGAAAGACAAGAAAAUUCAUAGAAGAUAUUACACAAAAUACUUUGGCAGCGACGGCAUAGCCGGCGCCAGCAUCGCCGCCUACGCGCUUAAGAAUUAUAAGAACUGGGAGAAGCAACUCGUAGAGUGGCAGGAUCCCAUUCUCACUAAUAGUAAUAUACCAGACUGGUUAAAAGGUGCCUUAAUGAACGAGCUUUACUAUAUCGCCGACGGCGGGACUAUUUGGUUCGAUGUUGCUGAGGAAUUCCCCGAAGGCGAUCCUAGACACGACUUCGGUCUUUUUGGUUAUUUAGAGGGGCACGAGUAUAGAAUGUAUAAUACGUAUGACGUACACUUCUAUGCCUCGUUCGCUUUAGCACAGCUGUGGCCUAAUUUACAAGUAGUAUUGCAAUAUAUGUUCCGCGACACCAUAGCACUGGAGACCGAAAAGUGUAGGACCUCGCUAUACGACGGUAAAAGCGUCAAGUUCAAAAUAAAAGAUUCCAUACCGCACGAUUUGGGAGAUCCAGCGGACGCGCCGUUCUCGAACAUCAACGCGUACAACAUCCACGACGUGAGCGAGUGGCGCGACCUGAACAUCAAGUUCGUUCUGCAAGUCGCCCGCGACCACCGCCUGCUGCGGGCCUACAGCGCGCCCUUCAACACCGACAGGUACCGGUCGAUGGCGUACAUCGACGACGUGCGCGCGGGCACGGAGGACGACCUGUACGCGCGCGCCACGGGGCAGGCGGCCGGCGCCGGCGAGCCCGCCGCCGUCACCGCCGCGCCCAACCCGCCCGCGCCUGCCAGGCCUAAAGACAUUCUCGACCUGCUCUACAGGACGGUGGAGGAGCCCGAGGAGCUGGAGGAGGCGGAGGCCCCCGAGCUCGGGGCGACGGUGUGGGACGCGCGGCAGUACGUCACGGACAUGUACCCGGCGUGCGCCGCGCUCGUGCGCCGGGCGGCCGCGGCCUGGGACAAGGACGGAGAUGGACUCAUUGAGAAUGGAGGGUUCCCUGAUCAGACUUAUGACGCUUGGGUCAUGUCUGGACCGAGCGCCUACUGCGGCGGGCUGUGGCUGGCCGCAGUGGCCGGCGUGCUCAGCAUGGCUCGGACGCUCUCUCUAGAAGAGGACGCGGCAGAGUUCACGAAGCUUCUCGAGCGGGCGAAGGCCGCCUUCGAGGAGAAGCUGUGGAACGGCUCCUACUACCGGUUCGACACGAAGCCGGUCAACGAACGCGUCGUCAUGUCUGAUCAACUUGCCGGGCAUUGGUUCCUCCGUGCUUCGGGCUCCACGGAGACCGUAUUCCCCGAAGCGCACGUUCGCAAGGCACUGUCCUCCAUCUACGAGAACAACGUGCUCAAGUUCAUGGACGGCAAGAUGGGCGCCGUGAACGGGUUCUCGCUCGACCGCGGCCGCGCCGACGCCACCGCGCUGCAGAGCGGCGAGGUGUGGGUCGGCGUGGUGUCCGGCCUGGCCGCCACCAUGAUCUAUGAAGGUAUGCACGAAGAGGCGUUCAAAACGGCCGGUGGUCUCUAUAACACGCUGACUCAAAUGGGGCUCUCGUUCGAAACCCCGGAGGCUCUCUACGAGAACGGCAACCAUCGCUCCAUCGCCUACAUGCGGCCCCUUGCUAUAUGGGGUAUGUACCAAGCCAUAAUAACCACACCGCCGGUCCAUACUCCCAUGGCCAACGGACAAGUUACCAAAGAGAAUCAUGUCAAUGGAUUAUAGUCAAAAAUACGUUUCCGAAAAAAGGUUGUGUUGUUUCAAAAAUUUAUAGUGUACGUAUUGAAGUUGGGUUUGUUUAGAUGACGUUUUGGAUAUAGGAGUU